AUGUGCUCCUACGAAUACGUCCAGUACCAGUGCGGCUGCAAGAAGCCCCGCGAGUUCAGCCAGUGCUCUCGCCUCUACAAGAGAAACGAGAAGACGCGCUGCGACGAGCCCAAGAUCUACGUCGUCGACUCCCGGAACAGGUGCCCCAAGCACCUCAUGUCCGAGUCCUCCUUCCUGGAGAAGUUCUACAACCUCGCCGUCAUCCCCCGCAAGAAGCAGCGCAGGAUCCAGUUCGUCGAGGACCCCUCACUCGUCAAGUUCGUCGAGCGCGAUGUCGUCCGCGAGCAUCACCACCGUCACUGCUACUAA